ACGCUCUUUCACAGCGAGCCCUGCCCGCCACGGAGGGCAGGGAGCGCCUUGGCAUCGAAGAAAACGCAACGCAGAGAGGGCGCUUCGUGGCCGGGCCACCACAUGCAGCUCAGCGCGCUCCUCCACGUACCGCUCCCAAACCCGACUCUCGCCUCCACCCCGUGCCACCCGCUGUGCCACCCGCUGUGCCACCCGCCAUACCCGGCGGUCAUGGACGUGAAGCCGAUUCUGCCGUUCCAACUCGGGGCCACCGCUCCCAUGGGCCUCUUCCAGAACUUCAGCAAUAUGGAUCCGGUGCAGAAGGCAGUACUCAACCACACGUUUGGGGUUCCCGCGCCACCCAGGAGGAGGCAGCUCAUCACCUGCAACAUCUGCCAGCUGCGCUUUAACUCGCAGAACCAGGCCGAGGCUCACUAUAAGGGUAGCAAGCACCUCAAGAAGAUGAAGACGGCCGAAGCUGAGAAGGUGAAGCAAGGAUCCCCGCCUGCCGUCCCCUCAGCCCAGGGACCCCCAGCCCUGAGCCACAGCGCCAGCCCAGCAGACCUAAGCAGUCAAUCGUCCUCGCUGAGCCAACUCAAUGAGGUCAUGAACCGGGAGCUGGAGACAUCGCUCCCAGCUGCCGCCGUUGCCGUCACAGAAAGCAACGACACUUCCCCGGCGAGUGACGCGGCGUUCCUCCCGCAGCCGCCUGGCCCCACGGUCCCUGCCAUCACCGCCGACGGGCCUCCAUCGUCCGAAGAGGGGGGCAAGGGCCAGCUGUUCUGCUCGAUCUGCAAGCUGGCCGUCAAUUCCCAGUCGCAGCUCGUGGCCCACAACAAUGGUGCGAGGCACAAGGCCAUGAUGGAGGGCAAGGAGGUGAAGGCGUCGGGCAGACCGUUCCCUCGCCACUCGAGCCGGCAUAAAGCGGCCCGAGCUCGCACCAAACUGGGCCCGGCGCCACCGCCAAAAGCCUUCCACUGCCAACUGUGCGACAUCAAGGUCAACUCAGAGACACAGCUGCAGCAGCACAUGGCCAGUCGGAAACACAAGGACAAGGAGGCAGGGAGGCCCCCAAAGCCAAAAUUCAGCCCCUACAACAAACUCCAACGACGCCAAGGGACACAUCUCGUGCACAAGCUGGGGCUCACGAAGGAGCUGGCCGGGCCUCUUGCCACGCGCUUUCUGCCAUCCCAUCUCGCCGCUGCAGCCUUCCAAGCCAGCAGCGUUCACUAUACGGCAAAGAUGGCGCUACAUAAAGACCUCAGCAAGCCACUGAUGGCGGCGAUGGCGGCAGCAGGGUUCCUACCCUCGCCGCUCACCGCCACCGCCGUCGGCAUGGCCUCUCCCAUGGCCCUCCGCAGCGCCGCUGGCACCGCGGCCUCGCUGCUUGCGGGGCCAGGCCUCUCUCAGGCCAUCCUAAGACCUGCACCGGGGCCAAUUAGGACAUCUCAUCCGUGCACACGGCACAUCGUCUUUGCCCCCUACUGAGUCCCUGGUUUUUUGUUUUACAGUUUCAUGGAAAUGUCUGGAAUUGUUACAUUUUUUGUCCGACUUAUGUUUUGCGUGUUAUUUUUAUUAUGUUUAAGUUUUCAUGUUAUUUCGAUUUUUUUUCCCACCGCAUCUCCUGCUGCUGUUUCUGACACCACUGUUGCAAGUGCACGGGUGUGUAAUGCAACAAGACAGAAAACACGUGUUUUCCAAAAGUGAUAAAGUUAACAAUGACUAGUAAUACGACAAAAAUAUAUACUUCCAACUGUGUUUUAAUGUCAUGGUUUAAAAUGAGAACCCAUGCUAGUGCACUUUUAAAGACGAAGGCGUUAAGUUUAAAAAUGACGUCGCUCCUUCCUGCCAGUAUGAAGCCGAUUCGUCCAGCAAAGGAUCUUCACUGCUUGGACAAUGUCGGUGACCCAUGGACGGCACUACUUCAUGAUAACCCUGCUCGCUCGCUACAAUACUCUACCGCCAAUAAUUGUGGGAUCGCUUUCCACUGUUUGUUUCGGAACUAUCUGCCUUUGCACAAAAUGGCUCCUUUGGACGAGGACGUGGAAAGUGGCAUCUGCUUGUGGUGAAAAGUAGUAUUUUUUUUUCCAAAACGUGACCACAGGACCAUGAGAUGAAUGAAUGAAUGCCUUGGACCUCUGCACUGUGUUUGGCUACAUUGAACCAGGCAAGGCUGACUGCGGGACCUAUGCAGGGAGUGCAAAAAAAAACACGUGGGCAGUUUGGUAUUGAGGAAGCUCCCUCUCUCCCUCGUAAGCAAUAAUGGUGUACAUGUUAUUGUUUGUCUGCGCAGACGAGUUACAUAUUAGAUGUGAAGACCGUAUCUGUCCGUGCUGUUUCGUGUACAUGAAGCCCCGUCUUGUGUGAAAUGAUAAGUGUGCAUUUAAAACCCCACAUUUAAACAAGGCGUCUGUUACGGAUACUAAAACAUGUUGUAAAAUGUCGUAAGUCUUUUUCAAGUGUAUGAGCGUGCGUGUCAAUUAUUGGUAAGAGUCGUUUUGUAAGCUUCAGUGUUAACAAGGGCGUCUCAAUAUUGGAGCAUAUUGAACAUAAGUGCUAUAGUUUCUGAUGGCUAGCUGCUUGAUCUGUGCCCGCAGACAUACCCCAGGAGGCGCUAAGGAUAAUCAAACCCUCUCCUUUUAAACACAAAUAUAUGUACGUACGGAACUAGUAUGUAGUCUAAUUCAGCACUAUCACUUGAGAGUACAAAUGUCUCAGUCACCCUCCGUUUUCCCUCCACAAAACACCUCUUCCCUGUUUCUUUCACUUCUCUAGACGUCCACCUUAAGUACCCUGUGGGUGCACCUUGAGUACCCUCAUGUAGUGUCAGGAUGGCUCAGAGUUCAGAGCGCUGAGCUGGCACUACUGAAUUUCUGGAUCCCAAUUCUAGGUUUCAGCCACCUUUGAUUAAACCACAUCACCUCGUUCACCAAUGACUGCACAAAAAUCCCCAUUCCAUUAAAUUUGGUCGGUGAUUGAUUUUGGCAGAUUCCAGUUCUGAGAAUAAAAAAUGUUGGUUUGAUUGCCGUUCAACGAACUCCCAGUGGCAAAGCGAGUAUGAAGCGUUAACUCUGUAAUAUCCGCUUCUGCGGGCUAUUCUCCAACAGGAAUUAUUGCAUUGCUCUGAUAAAGAUCCAAAAAGAUACUCCGUCUCAUGACACGACACCGAUAGCACAAUCGGAAUACAAUUGUGGCAAAACAUAUCUUUCUUUUUCUAAAGGUACUCUAUGGGUGGACAUUACGUGAGUGCAUUUGUGCGCGCGGCGUGUGUGUAAUAAUAGCCAGGGAGCACGCUUGACUGUGUUGUACUUGCCUCUGUGUGCGCAUCUUCGUGUAUGUACUGUGACAGAGGCCCAACGGAAUCAAUAAAACCUUCAGUCUUCCUGUAAAUAA